AUGGAAGCUCCCUGGACACAGUCCUCGCAGGAUGUCCUCCAGCACUUUCAAGUAGACUCCACCGUCGGCCUGUCACCCGAACAGGCCCAGAAACACGCUCAGCUCUAUGGGAAGAAUGUAUUGCCUGAGGAACCAUCUACACCGCUCUGGGAGCUCAUCCUCGAACAAUUCAAGGACCAGCUCGUCCUCAUCCUUCUUGCUUCUGCUGUCAUAUCUUUUGUCCUCGCCCUGCUUGACGACGCUGAAGAUGCCACCCUGUACGGUGCUUUCGUUGAACCCUCGGUCAUCCUGCUCAUCCUCAUCGCGAACGCGACGGUGGGAGUGAUUCAAGAGACAAAUGCCGAGAAAGCCAUUGACGCCUUGAAAGAAUACUCUCCGGACGAGGCGAAAGCCUUACGCUCUGGUCAGAUUGCACGCAUCCACGCGUCUGAGUUGGUACCUGGAGACAUCAUCGCUGUCGCCGUCGGAGACAAAAUCCCUGCAGACUGCCGUGUACUCUCCGUCUCCUCGAGCAGUUUCCGAAUCGACCAGGCUAUCUUGACCGGCGAAAGCGUCAGCGUCAAUAAGUCCAUAGACGUUGUCUCAGACUUGAAGGCCGUCAAGCAAGACAUGACCAACAUGCUUUUUUCUGGUACAACCGUCGUGAACGGCAAUGCCCGGGCGAUCGUUGUCUUUACCGGCCAACGCACCGCCAUCGGUGAUAUCCACAAGUCUAUCUCUUCUCAGAUUAGCGAGAAGACGCCUCUCAAGCGCAAACUUGACGAGUUCGGCGACACACUGGCCAAAGUCAUCACCGUCAUCUGUAUACUUGUCUGGCUCAUUAACAUCCGGCAUUUCUGGGAUCCUGCGCACCAUGGCGCACUCAAGGGAGCAAUUUACUACUUCAAGAUUGCCGUCGCUCUCGCGGUCGCUGCCAUCCCAGAAGGCUUAGCCGCCGUCAUCACCGCGUGUCUCGCCCUUGGAACAAAGAAAAUGGCACAGAAGAACGCUAUCGUCCGGAACUUACCCAGUGUCGAGACGCUUGGAAGCACUAAUGUUAUCUGUUCUGACAAGACAGGCACCUUAACCACCAACCAGAUGAGUAUCUCAAAAUUCCUCAUCGUUGACGCCCAAACGGGCGCCCCGAAGGAGUUUGUAGUUGAAGGCAGCACUUUCUCCCCGUAUGGGUCCAUCCGCUCUGUCAAUGGCAAAGAUGCCUCUGAUGACCUCCGAUCAGAGCCCAUUCAACGUCUGGCCGAGAUAAGUGCUAUCUGUAAUGAUGCCAAAAUUGUCUAUAAUGUGGAUAAGAAUAUGUACAGUAAUGUUGGUGAACCCACCGAGGCUGCUCUCAAGGUCCUGGCCGAGAAGAUAGGUUGCCCUGACAAGGAGUUGACUGUGUCACUUUCUUCGCUCCCUCCCGUAACUCGCGCAUCGGCUGUCAACGACUUUUACGAGCGCCGGAUUCCCCGGCUACUCACUUUUGAAUUUUCCCGCGACCGCAAGAUGAUGUCCGUCCUUGUCAAGCUCAAUGGCACCGGCGCGCUUUUCGUCAAGGGUGCACCGGAAUCCGUCUUGGACCGCUGUACCUCGGUCCUUAUCGCCGGCGGCCAGCACGUGCCUCUCACCCCUGCCCUCCGCAGCGCAAUACUUCACCAGACCGCCGCAUACGGCAAAGCUGGUCUCCGGACACUCGCGCUCGCGUUUGUCGAUGUACAGGAUAUCGACGCCGCUCACUAUCAGUCUCAGAGCACCGUUGACUACGCGCGCUUUGAGCAGAACCUUACCUUCGUCUCUCUCGUUGGCAUGCUCGACCCGCCGCGCCCCGAGGCGCGUCUCGCGGUCGCGAACUGCAAGGCUGCGGGCAUCCGCGUGGUGUGCAUAACGGGCGACAACAAGGGCACGGCAGAGACGAUUUGCAGGCAGAUCGGGAUCUUUGGUGACGACGAGGAUUUGACCGGGAAGAGCUAUACUGGGCGCGAGUUCGAGGAGCUGAGUCAUGAGGAGAAGGUCCAGGCGGUUCAAAGAGCGUCCUUGUUCACCCGGACAGAGCCAGGGCAUAAAAGCCAGUUGGUGGAUUUGUUGCAGGGGCUGGGUCUGGUCGUGGCUAUGACCGGUGAUGGUGUCAACGAUGCGCCGGCUUUGAAAAAGGCAGAUAUUGGUGUGGCUAUGGGAAGUGGCACCGACGUCGCGAAGUUGGCCGCCGACAUGGUCGUCAGCAUCUUCCUGACGGUCCUGCUCGGCAUGCCCGAGGCGCUGAUCCCCGUGCAGCUGCUCUGGGUCAAUCUCGUCACGGACAGCUUACCCGCCACCGCGCUCGGCUUCAACCCGCCCGACCACUCCAUUAUGCGUGUGCCGCCGCGGAGCAGCCGCGAGCCGCUGAUCGGGAAGUGGCUCUUUUUCCGGUAUAUGGUCGUUGGGACGUACGUCGGUGUCGCGACUGUGGCCGGCUAUGCGUGGUGGUUCAUGUAUUUCGCGGACGGGCCGCAGAUCACGUUCUCUCAGCUGUCGAACUUCCACCAGUGCGCGGCACGGUUCCCAGAGAUCGGGUGCGAGAUGUUCACGAACGUGAUGGCGCGGCGCGCGACGACGAUGAGCCUGUCGAUCCUGGUGACGGUGGAGAUGUUCAACGCGAUGAACUCGCUUUCGGAGAACGAGAGCCUGUUGCGGCUCCCGAUUUGGAAGAACCCAUUCUUGGUCGCCGCGAUCGCGCUCAGCAUGGCGCUGCACUUCAUGAUCCUCUACGUCCCGUUCUUCACCGCUAUAUUCGCGAUCGAGCCGCUCAACCUGGUCGAGUGGAAGGCCGUGCUGUACUUCAGCGCGCCGGUGGUGCUGAUCGACGAGGUGUUGAAGUUCAUCUCCGCGACGUUCAUCUCGCCGCCGUCCAAGGUGAAGGUGGACUAGACCCGGGCUAGCGUGUAUGCGGUGUGCAGGAGUGUUGGAUCAGGGGCAAUCGAACGUUGGGUGCUCGAGCUAGUGAGCUUGGGCGUGAGCUUGGGCUUCGGCUAGCUUGGGGACGCCGAGAGUGUAGCACACGCGCAUGUGUCCUGUAGACCCACGAGUGGGCGGUAAUGGUGUGUUCUGUAGAUCGUCGUACGGCGACGAGGACGAUAGCACGCGUGUUGUUGGUUGUGUUUUCACAUCUCACUUAUUUCAUUCGGGCCGCCGAGCCUUCUUUAUG